AUGUUCUUCGCAAGCACCUGUGGUAGCCCUGAUGGGAAAGAGAAGGUCUUGACUACGCGAUGGCUCGAAAAAUUCAAGCAAAAGCAUACUCUUGGCUCUAAGUCUCGAAAGAGUUCCUUUGCUAGCGCCAAGAGUGACUCGACUAGUCCAACUCGUCUCAGCAUCAACUCCGCUUUGGCUUCUGCCGUGCAAUCUCCUACCUUGAUUUCUCCCACCUCGCCUACCGGAUUCAUUUCACCAACGUCCUUGUCCCCCACUCAGAGUCACGAGAACAUCAAGACGAAUCUGGCAGAGAGCCUCGCCGAUCUGGCAGAAUACCAAAGAAACAACAAGGCUAUGACUUCCCCGGAUACGACUGCAUCUUCCCUCUCGCCUGGCGUGACUAGCCCAACAUCCUUGAUGUCGGAUCCAUUUUCCUCUGCCACGGAUGCCAACAAACCGAGGAGCGAAACUUUUCCGUUCGGCACGGUAGAUCCUAACAUGAUAUCCGAGCAACAGCAGCAUCAACAGUCACCCCUCGAACAAGCUCAGCCCCAUCCGCUAUCCCUCCCGAUUCUCGAAUCGCCUUUCGAAGAGCACAACACAAACAAUGUCACAGACCUUUCAAAUACAGUCAAGCGCAAUCGCAGUCACCCUGAAAUCAAGGCCAGACCAAUCUAUCCGGCCAUUUAUUCCAAAUCAGCCACCGUUUCGCCAAUCAGCCCUCCUGGAUCCCCCACACAGGAUGAAGCGCGACAGGCUCUGGAGCUGGUUAUGAACUACUUCCAACAACAACCAACAGGGCUGUGUGCGCAAGAAUACUUUACUAUGGGAAAGUUGAUGGAGCGACUGGACUUGGCUAAGAACCAGUCCCAUAUGCUUCCCGGCGGAUUCACUCGGAUUGAACACGACGAUUCGGCCUCCCAAAUGAAUAGGAAGAGGAGCAUCCAUGGUCUCGUUUAG